AUGUCAAACCUCUUUAAACGAGCAUUCGGUAAAGUACACGACGCCUCUACACGCUUGAUCUACGGAGUCGAACAAACGACGCAAAAGAUGAGUUUUUACAGCUGUGCGGACAAGAGCAUGGACGGCGAGGCUGUGCCCAUGUCCAGCUUCGAAGGCAACGUUUGCCUGGUACUUGUCGAUGAGUACGGAAGCCGCGGUUUAAAAAUCCUCGCCUUUCCGUGUAAUCAGUUUGGCGGUCAGGAACCGGGAUCCCCUGAGGAAAUCCUCGCGUUCGUUGCUAAAUACGACAAGGAAAUGGCAAAGAAGCUCGUGUUCUUUGAGAAGGCCGACGUCAACGGAGCCAACACUCGGGAAGUCUACUCUUAUUUGAAAAAGACCUGUCCGAAUGAAGACGGAACAACCGAUAUUCGUUGGAACUUUGCCAAAUUCUUGGUGGAUCACGAGGGGAAUGCUGUCAAGCGUUCCACAAACUCGCCUUUUGAAAUGAAGGACGACAUUGAAGCUCUUUUGAAAAAGAAAGAAAGCUCGGCGUAGAGCGCGACCGAACUGCUUAUAUAUAUAUAUAUGGACACGGGUGUAAGUGGUGUAUAUUGCGCUCGCUUAUUUCCGCGAUUCCUAGCGAAUGACAGUAUCUGGCUUUCAACGCCAGAUAUUCGAACAGCAUCAUGAGUGACGAAAAGUCUAUCGACGCAAUGUUCCCUCUUCGAGGGUACAUGGUAUAGUUCACAACCCGUUUUGUGUCGAUAAUACUUUUUGAUGUUCACUUAUGGCUACGGGAUCGUUGGAGUAGCGCACGCAGACUUAUGCAAUGGACUUCUGUUGUCCUUAUCUUUUGAUUUUUAAUGUAAAAGACGCGCAGCU